AUGGGCGCUCCAGAAGAGCCCAAGGUCUCCGACUCAGCGGCCUCUUCGAUACCACAGGAGGCCGAGACUAUUGUUAAUGAAAAAUAUGCCGACGUUACGCUGCGCAUCUUGGAGGACCACGGCGACGAGUUUGGUCCGUUGACGCCUGAAAAGGAGAAGAAGCUGAGGCGAAAGCUAUACUGGCAUGUGAUGGGCUUACUGUCCGCUAUCAACCUGCUACUCUUUAUUGACAAGUCAACCCUGGGUUACUCUGCCCUGCUGGGCUUGUUCGAAGAGACUGGCAUUGACAAGGCCCAGUACAACAACCUCGGGACUUUCUUCUAUGUCGGAUAUAUCGUCGCGCAGUGGCCCGGACACUAUGCCAUGCAAAGGCUUCCAUUCGGCAAAUUCGUCGCUGGGCUCGUCUUCAUGUGGGGUGUCACCCUCCUCCUUCACUGCGUCGCCACAAGAUACGCCGGUCUGGUAGUCCUGCGACUGGCCCUCGGGGCAGCUGAAUCGGUCGUUGUGCCCGCGAUGGAGAUGACAAUUGGCAUGUUCUUCAACCGCCACGAACAGUCCUUUCUGCAACCAGUUCUUUGGAUCACCUCGGCGCUGGCCCCUGUCUGUGCCGCCUUUAUCUCGUACGGUCUACUCUGGAGCCACAGCAAUAUCUUACCCUGGAAGCUCUUCAUGAUCAUCACAGGCGGUGUCUCGACUCUUCUCUCUAUCCUUGUUUGGUUCCGAUACCCAAGUAACCCCGGCGAGGCCAAGUUCCUGACACUGGAGGAGAAGGUGCACGCAAUCAGACGGGUGCACGAAUCAAGCCAAAGCUCGAUUGAGCAGAAGCAGUUCAAACGCCCGCACUUUAUCGAAACCCUUCGCGAUCCCGUUUCGUGGCUGUUCGCCCUGCAGUCCUUCACGCUGAUGAUGUCUAACAACCUCACCUACGGCCAGCAGAAUCUCAUCACCCAGGCUCUGGGCGUGGACGAUCUCGGCUCAACCCUGGUAGCGGCAGCAGGGGGUGGCUUUGGUGUCGCGGUUUGCAUCGCAGGAGUCUUUGCCCUGCGGUGGUGGCCCUCGAAUCUCGCCCUGCAUGGGUUGGCCUGGUGUAUCCCCGCCAUUGCAGGCGGUAUUGGCAUGGUGGCAGUCAAUUGGGACGCAAAGCUAGCAAUGCUGGCAUGUCUGCUACUAGCGGGACAUACAUAUGGAAACACGUAUAUUAUCGCGCUUGGCUGGACGACCUCGUCGGCCUCCGGCUAUACCAAGAAACUCACCCGCAAUGUCAUGUUCAUGGUUGGAUAUUCCAUUGCUAAUCUGUGCUCCCCACAGAUAUGGGUUCCCAAGGAUGCGCCGCGCUAUUAUGGGGCAUGGAUUGCGCAGAUUGUGGUCAGCUGGACGGGUACACCGGUUAUACUGUUCGUUAUUCGGUAUAUCUUGAAGCGUCGGAAUGCGGAGCGUAAAGCGUGGGCUGAAAGUUUGACGGAGGAGGAGAGACUCGCUCAUGAGUUUGGCGAGGUCGAACAGUAUGAUACAGAUGGCACGGUGGUACGCAGGAAGGUCGAUAUUACCAUGUUGGAUUUGACUGACUUGGAGAAUCGAUUCUUCAUCUAUCCGAUUUAA